AUGGAAGACUCAACUGAUAGUAAGUGUAACAACGUUGACGGUCUCUCUUUCAAUUUUCAAAAUCUUCAAGUUAGCAGUACGGCCGGUACAGUUGAGAAUUCCCAAGAGUUCGGCGACGAAGAAUCCUUGCCUUCUUCUUCUUCCAAUUCGUAUUUGACUCAACCCCGAAUCUUAGAGGCUGAUAUUCUUCCAUUCUAUCCACAAAGCUUCAAUGGAGGAAAUCAUAUGGGAGAUUGGCGUCACGGUGACAAUCGACGACGGAUGCUUGGAAACCUGAUAAGACCAAAUUCUGGUUUUGGUGAAGCAUCCACAUCUAUUUGGGCCAACCAAAAUAACCCAAUCGGAUUUAAUGCAGCCAGAGGAGGGAGAGUUAACGGAAUGAGUGCUGGAAAUCUGAACUUGAACUGUUGUGGUGUUGGUGGUGAAAAUUAUUGUGGUGGCUGCUACCAAAAUUCCAGGUCUCCUGGUGUUUUGUGGAUUCCUGAUGGCAUAAAUAAUUAUCAAGAUUACUUGAACUGGUUACAGAAUACGUUGAGUUCAAGGGACCAAGUGACUAUAAAUAUGGUAGUUGAAGGAGUUAUUGAUACGAUAUUAUUGCUGAUGACUGAUAGACAUGGCCAUCAAUUCUUCAAUAAGCUAAUGGAGUCAGUCAACGAGUAUCAGUUGCAGCUGAUUGUAGCCAAGAUAACCUCGCAACCUGAAUUGCUUAUCAAUGUGUCACUUACUACCUAUGGCUCAAAAUCUGUUAAGAAGCUCCUCAAAAAGCUUGGAAAAAUGCCCUUGACUUCUGAGGUGAUAUCAGCUCUAUCUAGUGGAUUCUAUAAUUUGAUGAUAGAUCUAACAGGAUCUUCAGUUAUAUUAAGGUGUUUGGAUUUGGCUGAUACUUGGCAAAAUGAGGUAAAUCAUUACCAAUUAUUUCUUUUCUUUAAGAAAACAGAAUGGAAAUUUCCACUGCAGAAUGCUCUGUAUGUGAUGAACAGGAACUAUGUUCUGCAGCAUGUCUUAGGACUCCAUGAUCCUGUCUGUACUGAGAGUAUAUGCUUUCUUUUGAGGGGCAGCUAUGUACUUCUAUCUUCACAGAAAGGUGGUAGCCAUGUGGUAGAGAAAUGCUUAAACUCUCCUUGGAUGGAUUACGCGAUUCUGGAUUUUUUAAAGUGGAACAGACUCUCGCAACUUGCUCGUGACCGAUAUGGGAACUAUGUAAUCCAAACAGCAUUGAAAGCCACAAAGCGUGCAAAUAGUCCACUUUAUGAAAGGCUUCUACACAUAUUGCAAGGGCAUUUUGAUGCUCUCCAAUCUGGAUAUGGAAGGAAUGUCAUCAAUUUGAUUCUCAAGGGGGUUCCACUCGACUGA